AUGACUUCCCGUGUCACAGUUCAACAGGUUAUGGGCCGCACUUCGGCUUAUAUUAAUCUUACUUCCUCUGAAAAACUCACUCCUCUCAACUAUCAUGUCUGGGCUACCAAAAUUCUUUUGGGUCUUCGUGCUAUGAAUAAUGGUGUCCAUCUUUAUGUCGAAGCUGGUACUGUCAAUCCAGCUGCCAAUGAAUCCCUUGAAGACCUCACCGCCUCGCUUGAUACCGUCGUCCAUGAUGUCAUCCUCAACAAUAUUUCUCCUGAGUUGAUCGAACAUGUUAAUGAUGUGGCCAUUAGAGGCCGUGACCUCUGGCUUUACCUUCAUCAGGAGUAUAGUCAACUCCAACCCGCCGAUGUCAUCUCACUUAUGAAAUCCCUCUAUGCUGGCAAUAUUGAUGUUGGUCCAAAGUUUGUUUCUUCUGUUCGCUCUUAUGUUGCUACAUGGCGUUCCAUCUACCAAUCAUUGUCGCCUGAUUCGGUCGUGGCCUUCAACGCUUUGGCUUCAAUGGGUCCCAAUUGUGAGCGCUUCAUCCAGUAUGCCUUGGAGCACCGCUUUGAUAGUAACAACAAUACUGACAACCUUGAUAUUAACAACUUCAUCCGGAACACUGAUAAAUGGGCCAAGUUGUUGAAGAUUACUGGCCCUCCAGCUACUCUUUCGACUGAAGCGUUCGUUGCUUCAUCAAAGAAGUACAAUAACAAAUCUAAGGGUGAUGGUAUCAAAUGUUUCCGUUGUAAGAGGCGUGGUCAUACUUCCAACAAUUGUCAUGUCUCUUGGGAAGAGGUUCAGGCUGCUCGCCAAGAUAAUAAGGAUGACAAGGAAUCUAAGGAGGCUAAAACCUCAAGAGGUUGGUUUGCUGAGACUAUUGAUGAAUUUUCUGAGAUAGUUGAUGAUGAUCCAUUUGUGAGUUCCGCUUUUGUGUCCGAGACAUCUGUUGUUUCUGAAAAGUUUGGUAACAGUUGCUCCGAGUCGUUUGAUGAUUUGGAAUCCGAACUUUUGAUUCUUCUGAGCCGUGUGUCGGCGAUGAAGAUUGUUUUGUUGGUCAAGUUUCUGAGUAUUGUUCAAACUCAGGACUUGAUAUUGAUUCAGUUGGUAAACCGUUUGUUGGUUCCACUGAUGAUUCUUGUUUUAUUUCUGAACCUCCAUCACGUUUUUGUUGCUGAAUCUACUACUUCUGCUGAGGCCAACUUAGUUGUUGGGUCUGAUUCUUUUGACUUUAUCCAUGAUACCGGUGCUACCAGUCACAUUUGCAAUAACAUCUCAUAUUUUUCUUCUCUUCGUCCCACUUCGGCUACCAUUCGUGGUCUUGGUUCUGCUACUGCUGAGGGGGUUGGCGACAUUGUCGUUGAUCUUCUUGGUAAAGAUGACCAGCCUUGUGACCGCGUUGUUCUUCGAGAUGUUUUAUAUGUUCCUAAGAUUCCUCGCAAUUUAUUUGCUGCUCGUCGAGCUACUGCUGGUGGUUGUCGGUUCAUUCAAGACCUUAACCAUAUUUCUGCUGUUGAAAAUGGCAAAACUCGAGUCCACGCCAUUGCCAUGGUUGUUUUGCCUUCCAAGCCAGUUCAUGAGGUGUUUGCUGUUGAGUCGUCUGCCAAUCUUUGGCACAAGCGACUUGGUCACGCCAGUGUGGACGUUCUCAAGAAAUUAUCUAAGUCACUUUCUGUCAAGCCUACUCAUUUUGAGGUUGUGGAUAGUCAUAAGUGUGACGCUUGCUUGGGUGGCAAAGCCACAGCAUUGCCAUUUAAUGGUACCACAGAAAAAGCUAGUCGUCCUUUGGAAUUAUUUGUUUCUGAUUUGAGCGGUCCUCAUGUCGCUACCCCUGUGGGUCAUCGUUAUGUCUUAACCAUUAUGGAUUAUUAUUCCAGGUAUUCUUAUGUGGAGUUGCUGGCCAGGAAAAGUGAUGCAAGUCUUGCCAUUCGUAAUUUUAUUGCUAGGUGUGAAUCUUAUUUUUCUGGUGAUUCUGCUGGUGAUCGAGUUGCAUAUUUUCAUUCUGAUAAUGGCGGCGAAUACAUUUCCAAAGACCUGGAGCAGUUCUUUGUGUCUAAGGGUAUCAAGCAUACUUAUACAGUUCCUCAUACUCCUCAACAAAAUGGUGUUGCUGAGCGAUUGAAUCGCACAUUAUUUGAGAAAGCCAAGUCUAUGCUUUUAUAUGCUCAUGCUCCUGAAUACUUAUGGGGUGAAGCUGUCAAGUCUGCUAAUUAUAUUAGGAACCGUCUUCCUAGUCGUACCACUGGUGGUGUUGCACCUCUUCAACUUUGGACUGGUAAACCUCCUAGUUAUCACCAUAUGAAAGUAUUUGGUUGUCAAGCUACAGUUGUUCUUCCUGGUGCUAAAAGAGAAUCUAAGUUAAGUUCAAAUACUGAAGCUGGUGUUUUUGUUGGGUAUUCUUUGGAUCGUACAGCUUAUCGAGUUCUUCUUGAUUCAAGCAUUGUUGAAGCCAGGAGUGUUUACUUUGAUGAGUCCAAGUUUCCAUUCAUGAAAAGUGAUAAGGACUUGUCUAUUAAUGGUACUGGUGUUGGGUUUAGUGUUGGUUCUGGUUCAGGGUCCAUGUCAGGACCUUGUUUUGAUUCUAAGGGGACUGGUUUAGGAUCUAAUGUUAGGGUUAAUUCUAUUGCUAGUUCUGAUUUAAGUUCUGGUUCUAGUUUUGGGUCUCAUAGAUCUUUACCAGCAUCCUCAUCUGGUUCUGGUUCUGGUUCUAUUUGUGCUUUACCGUCUCCGUCUCCGUCUUCUUCUCCGUCUCAUUCUCCGUCGCCGCCUCCUUCUUCUUCUUCUUCUUCUAUUAUUGUUCAUAAGCCUCGUUCUGUUCGUCGCAUUUUGUCUACACCUUCUGCUCCUCUUGAGUCUCCUACUCUUCCUUCUAUUGCUUCUGUUCCAUCUCUUCCUAGUUCUCCUAUUCUUCCACCUUCAGAUCAUGAUGUCUCUAUCUCUCCUGACUCUAGUCCUAUUAUUUCUUCUUCGGAAUAUAUUCCUUCACAAUUAGACUUAUCUGAAACUGGUCCAUCUAUUAAUGAAUCUGAUAUUUCAGGUGAUUCUGGGAUCUCGCAACGAGGGGGUGAUAUUGGGUUUCAACCGUCUAUCAUUGCUUCUCAAGAAUCUCCUUCGUCUGAUCUUGUUAAUUCUCUUGACCAAGCUGGUGUUAGUGUUGUCACUAAGGAUGAUACUCAAGCUGUUUUGCCUAAAUCUCGAUCUCGUGUUGUUGCUGUUCGUUUACCUUCUAUAACUCCUGCCAAACGCCCGAGUUCUGAUGACAUUGUUUCACCUCCUUCUAAACACCUUUGUGAAAAUUCUUUGAAACAAUCUCCAGUGUCUGCAACACCUGCAAAACGUCCAGCUGAAGAAGAGUGUAUUUCUUAUCGUCGUCUCAAAUCUCUCCGCUUUGACUAUGAUGAUGUGGCUUUACUUGUUUUUACAGAUCCUAGUAGUUUUGAAGAAGCUAUGUCUAGUGAAGAAGCUGAGUUUUGGCUUGAAGCCUGUGUUAUUGAAAUGUCGUCUCUUAAACGCAAUGGUACUUGGGAAUUGGUUGAUCUCCCACCUGGUCGCAAGGCUAUCAAUAGCAAAUGGGUAUUUAAAGUUAAGCGCAAAGCUGACGGUUCAAUUGAACGUUACAAAGCUCGUCUCGUGUGUAUUGGAUUUUCGCAAGUUGAAGGUAUUGAUUAUACUGAAACUUUUGCUCCCGUUGUUCGUUACGAGACUGUAAGGAUUGUUCUUGCUAUUGCUGCUCAGUUUGGGUUCCAGGUUCAUCAUAUGGAUGUCGAGACUGCAUUUCUUAAUGGUGAUCUCAAAGAAGAUAUUUAUAUGAGACAACCUAAAGGCUUUGUUGUCAAAGGUCAGGAAUCUAAAAAGAUUCAUGGUGCUCUUGUCAAACUUGGGUUUAUUCGUAAUGAAAGUGACUACGGUGUGUAUACCAAAGGAUCUGGGUCUACCAUGGUCAUUAUUGCACUGUAUGUUGAUGAUUUACUUAUUUCUGGCAAUUCUUCUGAAGUCAUUGCCAAAACCAAGUCUUCUUUGUCAUCUAUGUUUAAGAUGAAAGACUUGGGCCCAGUCGAGCAGUUCCUUGGCAUGAGAGUUAAGCAGUCACCUUACCAUAUUACUGUGGAUGUUUCGCGUUAUAUUUUUGAUAUGUUGGAAGAGUUUGGUAUGCAGAAUUGUUCAAGUGUCAAGACUCCUUUACCCACUCGUGAUCUUUCUGAUUUUUCCGAGUCUGACUCUGCUACCGAUGCCUCCAUGUAUCGCAGUAUUAUUGGUAAGCUGAUUUAUGCUGCUAAUUGUGCUCGUCCUGAUCUUGCUGUUGCUGUUAGCUUUCUUUGUCGAUAUAUGCAGAGUCCUAAGUCUAUUCAUAUGGAAGCUGCUAAGCAUACUCUUCGUUAUCUUAAGGGUACUGCUGAACUUGGUCUUGAAUAUCGAGCUCAGAAAGUCUACAAGCUUGUUGGCUAUAGUGAUGCCGACUAUGCUCAGGACAAGCAGGACCGUAAGUCCUUUACUGGUCCUGCAUCGUCCAGCGUCGAGUCUGAGUAUAUGUCAUUGUCUGAUGCGUCUAAGGAAUGCUUCUGGAUUAAUCAGUUGUUGUCUCUUUGCAAGAUUCCUGUUCCGUUGCCAGUGACUAUGUUUGAGGACAAUCAGGGAUGUAUUGCUUUGGCUCAGAACCCAGUGUUUCAUCGUCGUACCAAGCAUAUUGAUGUUCGUUAUCAUGUUGUGCGUCACUAUAUUCGCAGUGGAGUAAUUCAUCUGGAGUAUCUUGAUACUCAAGUGAUGUUGGCAGAUAUGUUCACUAAGAAUCUUGGUCGUGUGAAGUUUGAGACAUUAAGGGGACUACUUGGUAUGAAGGCAGUAGGUGAUUCUGCGACAAGGGGAGGUGUUGAGCAUGCAAUGUUGUCGCAGACUAGUGCAGUUGAUAAUGCACAGGCCACUGCACAUGCCACAACAAUUUAUAAUUCAGUUCCACAUGAAAAUAUUUCCAAAGGGAAUACACCUUACGACUCAUAUUUCUCCACUGUCACAAAAGAUCACACCUUCCCCUCUUUUCUUGAAGAUUGCUUAAUUCACAAUGCCAAAACAAAUGAACUGGCACCUGCAAUUUAUCUUACAACUGAUAGAAUUACACAUCUCAAAAUUUUCCGCUUAGUCACAACAGGCGAAGAUGUCUCCACCAACGAUUUUAAACAACUCGACAAAUUCGAGUGGCAUCCAAUUGUUAACGAUUUACCUUCACCAACAAGACCUCCUUUCCCUUUUGGUGAUAAGCCUGGCCGUCCCAGGAAGAUCCACACACUCAACUCUUUCGUCACAGAACAACCACCCUUGACCAGCUCCCCGACAGCACCCAAAUCGUUUGCCGAGGCAAUGAAAAUCCCCAAAUGGGUGGAGGCGAUUCGGAAGGAAGUUCAGACCUUUCUCGACGCUGACGCUUUCGCACCUUUCAUUCCCACCGAAAGUGAGGUGACUUUCUUGGCAUCGUUCUGGAUUUUUGUGAUUAAGCCUGAUGGCACAUACAAAGCUAGACUGAUCAUCAUAUCACCCGAGGAACUUAAAUCAAACAAAGUCACUGCUACGUCCCCUGUUGUUAAACAAACUACUGUGAUGGCAUUUCUAGCUGCGCAUAUUAAAAAUGACAGGAAGUUCCUCACUGCUUUUGACGUUAAAGGUGCUUUCCUAAAUACACCCGUUUCUAAUGGAAAAUUUUAUCGGUUGAAGACUCCAAAAGGUUUUGACGCUUUCUUUUCACAACAUUACGUUACUAUACGGAAACAGGUCUAUGGCUUAAAGGACAGUCCCAUGGGCUUCUAUCUUUUCGCUCGCGCUCAGCUUGCACCUGACUUCAGGAUUUCCCGUGCCGACUCGUGCCUUUUUCUACACCACAACGAUCCCAGUACAUCCUGCAUAAGUCAUGUUGAUGAUUUUUUAGUUUCGUCUAACACCACACAGACCAUUGAACACACUAUAGGUCAUAAAUUUGUGCUCAAACGGCAAAUCAAUCCGGCCCGCUACAUCGGUUUCGAGCUCGAUUACCCGUCGGAUAGCAUUACACUAUCAACCGCAGAUUAUUUCCUGGAAAGGAUUAAACAGUUUGAUAUCAAAUUACAAUCCACUAUCAAACAAGGCGCCACGCACCCGCUGACAACUGAUUUCAACGACCAAAGCUCUGACGUCCAUACCAAUCUUAAACAGGCUAACUUGGAUUCACUCCCAAUUGAUCCUACACUUUAUCGCCAAAUCGUGGGAGUCAUCCAAUACAUUGCAUCAAAAACCAGGUUUGAUUUACAGUUUACAGGCACCUAUUUAAGCCGUUUUAACCAUGCUCCAACCUUUCAAUCGCUGAACCAAGCUAUCCAAGCACUCAAAUAUAUUUACACAACUAGGAACUCAGCGUAUAGAACCACCAAACCAGUCACUGGAUCUAACUCGAGAUUACAGAUCUUCACGGAUGCUUCUUUCAAUACUAGAGCUUCCGACGACCUUAACGCUAAACACCACCCACCGUUUGCUGGCUACAUUAUUCUACUCGAUGGAAAUGUUUUAACGUCGCGCAGCUACACCAUCAAAGCUGCUACAAUCUCGAGUGUCUAUGAGGCUGAACUUGUUGCACUCCACGAUGGAGUUCGCCGAACUUUAGCCAUUCUUCCGACAUUGCAGGAACUAGGAUACAAAGACGUUAUGAUAGACGCAUUCUGUGAUAACAAUCCCCUCAUCCAAGUGGUUUGCUCUUUGAAGCAAGUUGACUAUGAAUUACAUUUUCUUAACCGAAUCAAUUAUCUCAGAGACAAUCAUAGCAGAAAAAUUUUUAGGUUGAAUCAUAUCUCAGGCAAAGACAAUCCCGCUGACAUUCUCACAAAGCGCAUGCCAGCUGCUGAGAUCAUGAGAAUCCUUUCAAAAUGCGAUUUUUUCAUAUCUCCCCUCUCCCAUCCCUCUGCAUCAAAUCUACAAAAACAACCUUCGGAUCCGUCACCCAAAGGCUCCGAACCGGGGGGUGUGUCUGGAGUAGGGUUUCCCUGA